UCGAUCCGUUUUGAUCCGGCCGUCCAGUCAGCUCGAGACAAGACCCCGAGUGUCGCCAUGACGCGGAUACCGGGACCACCCUUGUGGUCCAUUCUGGUCUUGAUCGCCGUCUUUGGGUUGGUGACGGUUCAGGCUAAAUAUUACGAAAAGAAAAGGUUCGACCGGUCAAUUGAUCAGCCACAAACUACUCUUGGCACACCUUAUAGGCCUAGCAAACAGCGAACAUUCAAUGAUUACAACACGCAUUACAUUGCCUACAAGGACGCAAAGUUAAAUGUGUGCUAUUUGGAACCUAUGAGAAACAUCUCUUCUAAUGGCCUGAACCUCUGGCAAAAAAUGCUCCACAACGCUGAUCAAAGGACUCUCUAUGUCUCGGAACAAUUGCUGACUAAAAUAGAAGUUUGGCGUCUCGCUGGCGGCCGUAUAGUUGAAUUUUGCCGAGGACGAUCUGCAGUAUUGCUCCAGGAAACAAAACCCGUUCCAGGAUAUAUGGAGGAUCCUUUCCUUAACGAAAUUGCAGAAGACGAGAACGACGUUGUGCCACACCGUGUAGCUGAUGUUGUCUUGAAGCCCCUGUACGCUCGUGCAAAGAGACAAAUUCAGCUUGAGGAACGGGAACAACUUAAUUCAAAACUGACAGUGCGUCAACGCCGUCAGGCACCAUUUCGAGGUCGUUUUCGUGGACAAACUCAAUCGCAGUAUCUAAAUUUUGGCGACGGUCAAUCAAAGGAAGGAAAAGCCGAAGCCAGAAUAACACAUGAUUCAUCUCAUGCGGUUGUUAGUGGGACCAAUGGUAUGGGCCAGGCACAGAGUAUGUCCUCAGGUGGGGGUGACUGUGAAGAAUGUCCGGGAUAUCGUCAGCCAACAUACCCAGGUCGAGGUGGAGGAACGGGUUCUCAAGGUUCUGUGUGGUCCUAUCCAACCGGAAGACCAUCAAGUGGAACCAAUUACGAAGGUAAUUAUAACCCGAAAAAUGGUUGGAAACCUAGUGGACCUGGACCAGAGGGCCAGCAAACGGUAGACCAUGAGUUAGACAAUCUAUUGCUGCCUAAAAUAUACCCGGGUGACAAAACACGUGGUGUGCCCAGUCAACCAAAUGGUAAAUAUCCUGGCGGAGGCCCCAGUAGUACAAGUAGUGUACAUCCUGACAGCAACACCGGGAGCGGCAUAGGAAGAGGACCGUAUCCCGGUGGCGAAUCGACCGGAACUGGGGGUGGCGUAGGAGGAGCAGGAAUACCGUACCCUGGUGGCGGAUCCAGCGGCACCUGGGGUGGUGUAGGCGGAGUACCAUAUCCCGGUGGUGGACCUACAGGCACUGGGGGUGGCGUGGGAGGAGUACCGUAUCCAAAUGGCGGACCCAGCGGCACUGGGGGUGGUGUCGGAGGAGUCCCGUAUCCUGGUGGUGGACCCGGAGGCACUGGGGGUGGUGUAGGCAGAGUACGGUACCCCGGUGGUGGUGGACCCAGUGGCACUGGGGGUGGUGUAGGCGGAGUACCGUACCCCGGUGGUGGUGGACCCAGCGGCACUGGGGGUGGUGUCGGAGGAGCACCGUAUCCUGGUGGUGGACCCGGAGGCACUGGGGGUGGUGUCGGAGGAGCACCGUAUCCUGGUGGUGGACCCGGUGGCACCGGGGGUGGUGUAGGCGGAGUACCGUAUCCUGGUGGUGGACCCGGUGGCACGGGGGGUGGUGUAGGCGGAGUACCGUACCCCGGUGGUGGUGGACCCAGCGGCACUGGGGGUGGUGUCGGAGGAGCACCGUAUCCUGGUGGUGGACCCGGUGGCACCGGGGGUGGUGUAGGCGGAGUACCGUAUCCUGGUGGUGGACCCGGUGGCACGGGGGUUGGUGUAGGCGGAUUACCGUACCCCGGUGGUGGUGGACCCAGCGGCACUGGGGGUGGUGUCGGAGGAGCACCGUAUCCUGGUGGUGGACCCGGAGGCACUGGGGGUGGUGUAGGCGGAGUACGGUACCCCGGUGGUGGUGGACCCAGCGGCACUGGGGGUGGUAUCGGAGGAGCACCGUAUCCUGGUGGUGGACCCGAAGGCACUGGGGGUGGUGUAGGCGGAGUACGGUACCCCGGUGGUGGUGGACCCAGUGGCACUAGGGGUGGUGUCGGAGGAGCACCGUAUCCUGGUGGUGGACCCGGUGGCACCGGGGGUGGUGUAGGCGGAGUACCGUACCCCGGUAGUGGUGGACCCACUGGCACAGCGGGUGGUGUAGGCGGAGUACCGUACCCCGGUGGUGGUGGACCCAGCGGCACUGGGGGUGGUAUCGGAGGAGCACCGUAUCCUGGUGGUGGACCCGAAGGCACUGGGGGUGGUGUAGGCGGAGUACGGUACCCCGGUGGUGGUGGACCCAGUGGCACUAGGGGUGGUGUCGGAGGAGCACCGUAUCCUGGUGGUGGACCCGGUGGCACCGGGGGUGGUGUAGGCGGAGUACCGUAUCCUGGUGGUGGACCCGGUGGCACGGGGGGUGAUGUAGGUGAAGUACGGUACCCCGGUGGUGGACCCGGUGGCACCGGGGGUGGUGUAGGCGGAGUACCGUACCCCGGUAGUGGUGGACCCACUGGCACAGCGGGUGGUGUAGGCGGAGUACCGUACCCCGGUGGUGGUGGACCCAGCGGCACUGGGGGUGGUGUCGGAGGAGUACUGUAUCCUGGUGGUGGACCCGGUGGCAUCGGGGGUGGUGUAGGCGGAGUACCGUACCCCGGUAGUGGUGGACCCAGCGGUACUGGGGGUGGUGUCGGAGGAGCACCGUAUCCUGGUGGUGGACCCGGCGGCACUGGGGGUGGUGUAGGCGGAGUACGGUACCCCGGUGGUGGUGGACCCAGCGGCACUGGGGGUGGUGUCGGAGGAGCACCGUAUCCUGGUGGGGGACCCGGUGGCACUGGGGGUGUUGUCGGAGGAGCACCGUAUCCUGGUGGUGGACCCGGUGGCACUGGGGGUGGUGUAGGCGAAGUACGGUACCCCGGUGGUGGUGGACCCAGCGGCACUGGGGGUGGUGUCGGAGGAGCACCGUAUCCUGGUGGGGGACCCGGUGGCACUGGGGGUGGUGUAGGCGGAGUACGGUACCCCGGUGGUGGUGGACCCAGCGGCACUGGGGGUGGUAUCGGAGGAGCACCGUAUCCUGGUGGUGGACCCGGAGGCACUGGGGGUGGUGUAGGCGGAGUACGGUACCCCGGUGGUGGUGGACCCAGCGGCACUGGGGGUGGUGUCGGAGGAGUACCGUAUCCGGGUGGUGGCCCCGGUGACACCGGGGGUGGUGUAGGCGGAGUACCGUACCCCGGUAGUGGUGGACCCGGUGGCACUGGGGGUGGUGUAGGCGGAGUACGGUACCCCGGUGGUGGUGGACCCAGCGGCACUGGGGGUGGUGUCGGGGGAGUACCAUAUCCAGGUGGUGGCCCCGGUGACACCGGGGGUGGUGUCGGGGGAGUACCGUAUCCUGGUGGUGGCCCCGGUGGCACCGGGGGUGGUGUAGGCGGAGUACCGUACCCCGGUAGUGGUGGACCCACUGGUACGGCGGGUGGUGUAGGCGGAGUACCGUACCCCGGUGGUGGUGGACCCAGCGGCACUGGGGGUGGUGUCGGGGGAGUACCGUAUCCUGGUGGUGGCCCCGGUGGCACCGGGGGUGGGGUGGGCGGAGUACCGUACCCCGGUGGUGGCGGACCCAGCAGCACUUGGGGUGUUGUCGGAGGAGUACCGUAUCCCGGUGGUGGACCCAGUGGCGUAGAAGGAAGAUAUCCCGGAAAUUUUCCCAAUGGUGUAGGAGGUGAAUAUUAUGAUGGUAAUCUAGGUGGUACUGGAGGACCAAACAGACCUGGGUGGUACCCGGGCCAACAAAAUGUUAAUGAUUGGUCCGGUCAGAAUGGAGGUGAAGCUGGGUUACCACAAAAAGAAAACAUUAUGUCUCCGCAGUAUUAUCCAUCACCUGGAUCACAAGGUUCCGAUGAUGAUGCAGAUUCGCAAGCUUCGAGUUCAGUACAGAAAGCGGAUUCUGGGACGAUGGCUAGUGCAUCAGCUCAAGGAAAGUAUGGGCAGGGAACGGCACAAUCUCAAGUUUCAGGAACUUACAGUGGUUCCGGAUCAUUUUCUGCUCAGGCAGGUACCAAUGACGGUUCGAAAGGUGCUCAGACUCAAGUUAGUGGUGGUAAGCAGGGCGCAACAAGCAGUGCACAGGGCUCUGGAGGCCGUGGUAAGAGCCAGUCUCAAGUACAGCUGCAUUCGAAUACAGGAGCUACAUCAUCAGAUGCACAAAGUAGCGGCUGGAAUCAUGGCACAAACUCGCAAGUACAAACGACUUCCAGAGGCGGCAUGGCUGAUGCACAAGCCAACGGUGAAGGCAGCACCUCGAGCCAGGCCCAAAUAGGCUUUCAGCCUUAUGAAAAAGAAAAUGAUCAAUCGCAGACGAAUUCUUCAAUAUUCCUGGGCGGUGGUACUGCUUCUGCACAAAGUGGGACAUACAGAGGUCAAUCACAGGCGCAAUUACAAGGCUCGUUCAAAUAUGGUUUAUCAUACAAUGGAGCUGCUCAGGCAGGUUCUGGUUCAGGGGCUGCUGCUUCUAGGAAACCUUUCAACUUUUCGAGUUCCAAUUCAGAGCUGUUCAAACCGUUUAGUCCUUUUCCAACCGUCGUAAUUUCAUCCGAAGAAGUGACACCUGACAACAAUUUACAAUCAGCCGAAAUAUUGCCAGCACUUGAAGAAGGUGGUGGUGAGCAUUACGAACCACAAGCACAGACCGGCGGAACACAAUCCCCACUUGUUCAGAAAACAGAUACAGUGUUUACUCCUCCGGAUCCAACGAGGGCAACUGGAGUACGGUAUAACAAUCCCGUACCAACUCGCAGCUCAUUGCAAAACACAGGAGUGGAUGACAAUUAUGAACAAACAAAUGUAAAUUCAGAUGAUUAUGAUGAAGAGUAUGGAGAUGAGUAUUACGACUCUACGCCAACCGUAUUCCCAUCUGAAAGUGUGUCUAAAGAUGGUGGUUUAACCGUGAGCAGCAAACAACCAAAUCAAUAUCAACAGACUCACGUUUCGAACGGACAAUACGGUGCACGUGUCACACAAGACUCUUCAACAGGAUUUCAUGAGGGCGAUAUUCUACAACCGGGACAAUCUUUACCAGGAUUUACAAUCCCACCUGGAUACCGUGGCAGGGUAGUGUCUAUUUCCGGAAGCGAUACAAAAGUUGAAGGUGAUGGAGAUUCGCAGUCUCAAACGCUUACGCUAACUUCAGGAAAAAACAACGUAACUUAUGAAAAUCGUACCAAGGAAUCAGCGGCGGCCCAUUCAAGAGCCUUGCAGACUCCACGUAAUCGCUUCAGAUACGACAGCAGAAGAUACCAACAACCCGCAGUACCAAACAGUUACUUGCGAUCUAGUCCCAGUCCACCAAGUAAGCCUAAUUAUUACACGAUCACCAACAGCGUUGCAGGUAAGAUACAAAGCAAUAGAGACACAGCUCGCAAGUACGAACACCGUUACUACACAAAAAGCUCCACCUGUGGAUAUUUCACUUUCUCCUGCAAUAUCGUUUACGGCUCUAAUGGGCGAACUAAGGUCUGUAAACCAAAAGUACCGACUAACCCGGAUGGCAGUCCAAUAAAAUGCUGAAAAUCUGUCUAAAGUUCUACGUGACUUAUUACACACAUAUUAAACUUUCAGUGUACUUUUACCUAACGUCGACAUAUUCACAUUUGUAUUCAUUGCACUGCCUUCUUCAAGUAACGCAAGUAUUCACAUGGAAAAUUUAUCUCGAGGAUUGGGUCGUUUAAUUUUAAGGAAUUAGUCUAUAUAGUUAACGUUUUAACUUCUCCGAUCAUUCUUAACUGGAAUUAAUUUUUAAAUCAUUGAAAGUACAUAAAGAAAUAGUGUUACAAUAUGUUGUUGCGCGAGAGACCGCAAGUAUUUGACUUUACUUGUCUGCCGAUUAUUUAAUUACGAAUGAAUUCCUAACGAAGAAAAACGAUUGAGUCAGUGCACGUGCAUAAUUUUCCCACUAUGAUAUGUGCACAUAAACGGAAAUGUAGUGAAUAUCUGUCAAGGCCCUGUUGCUUGUGCCAUGUAAACGAAUCACGGAAAAGCGAAGGACGGAUAUCCAACGUAAUCAGUGGAUCAUGUUCCACUUUUCUGUGAACCGUCUCAUACGGGAUUGCACCUUUUAAUUAUUAGAACGUAGGGUGACGGUGGAGUAAGGGAUGAGUAUCAAAUAUUUGGACGAAACGCGGUCGCGCACUGGGUGCGAAAUGUAUGUAUUCAGAUUAAUGCACUUGCUGUUGUUGCAGGUUUGCAAACUUUACACUGUUGCGGCAAUGCGCCAAUCGAGUUAUGCGUUGACUGUGUUGAAUUAUAGUGAAACACACGGAAAGAAAAAGGCUUGUAAGUUGAAAGCGAGUUUUCAAAAACUGCAUGUUUUCUGCCACAAGAUGGCGUCUUCCGAAAUGGAAAAAAAGUUAUCGCUGACAAAUCGCAUGAGCAGAAAAACCGAUUUUAACAUUGAAUCAUACCAAGUUGACCAUACCUCGGGUGCGUUCCGAAAUUAGCUCCCAGUGCUGUCAACCGCCUUUUAUCUUUUGUGCGCUGCGGAGUUCGUAAGUAGCUUCUCCCUCUGUCGUAAGUAGGGAGUUUUUAGAGCUGCCAGCUAAUUUCUGAAUGCACCCUUCAUUGCACCAAUUUCGAUGGAUGUUUUCAAUGUAAUGUUUUUGUAAUCUUUUCUCGUUUUAUUAUCAACAUGAGCACAUGAAAUUGGAUUGUAAAAAGAAAACGACAGUUGGAUAAAUUUGUUUAUCUUUAUAUUUUUCAACGUUUUUGAAAAAAUAUUAUUUUAAAUUUUGAAACUAACAUCGAUUUUUCCAUUCACUUCAGAAUUAAGUUACGAAUCGUUAACUAUUCUACUACACUUUACUGAUUCCAUAUGCGUAGGGGAAUUGAGUCAAAAAUAUUCAGACAAAAGUAUGGUUUCAUCAUAUUCUAAUCAGCAUAUACAUAUAAGCUAUAUACCUAUAUAUAUAUUCACAUCCAAUUAUUAUUCACAAUGUUACACAAAUUAUUGCUUUGAAGUAUUUCAUGUGUAUAUUUUAUAUUGUUAAUACGGUUUAUUAAAAUAAUGAGCUUAUAACCAGGAAACAUCUCACAUUCUUCUUUCGUCAGUCUUUAUGGAAAUAAUACAAACAAUUCAUCAUUGUUUUACAGCAAAUUGUACAAAACAGAAAGUAAUAAAAAAUCUUGUACAUGCAUCAUAUUAUUUAACACAACAUAUCAAAAUUGUAAAGAAUUCUAUAUAAAUGGUAAAAACUUAAAUAAGUAUACGUAAACAACAUAAAAUGUACAAAAAUUGCAAGUACAAAAAUAAACGUAAUUAUAUCAUGUA